AACCAUCCAAUAAAUAUAUGAUUAUUCUCUUCCUUCCCACCCACUUCUCAAUUUCCAUUACUCUUUAGAUCUGAAAACUUCACCAAAAUUCACUCCAUAAAAUAUGGAAGCUCUAAUUUCCCAGUUCACUUUCCUCUCAGACCAAUCGUGUCAAGACAAGAACUUCGAUCCAUCCAACAUCGAAGACCUGAUGAAGCUCUUCGAGAUCGAAGCCUACAAGUCAUGGGCCGCCCUCGAACUUGAGCAAGAAGAAGAAGCGAAAGAGGCCGAAACCUCCAUGCAAAAAGCUGAAGAAUAUCUCGAAUCGGUGAUGGAGAGUUGCAUGGACGAGUUCAGGAGAUUUGAAGAGGAAACGGAGAGCAUGUCAAAGAAGGAAAUGAAUAGCCUCGUUGAGAAUGGUGAAAGGGCCAGAAAAAUGGGGAAGUUGAUGGAGAAAGCAGCCACAAUUGCUUCAAAAAAAUAUAUUGAAGCCGCCAUGAAUUCGGCUUCUGCUUCCAUGAAAUCAGCUUGGAAAGGAGUUUCUUCUAAUAGGGUUCAUCCUUCUUGAUCUUUUUUUUUUUU